AUCGAGUUCCAGCAGGAAAAUCUUACUGUUUGUUAACACUGGGUAACAGAAAAGGGGCAAGGAUUAUGGCAUUAACUUACAUCAGAUCAUUGAGAAACGUUAACUUUCAUGAGGUUAUUCAAAUAGGAGGCUGCAGAACAUUUGCUGUUGGGGGUGGUAAAAAGAAGGGUGGAAAAGGUGGUGCAGCUGGAGAUGGUCCUAAGGCAUCAACAAUUAGCAAGGAAGUCAAGGCCAGUACAGUAGUCGGGGCAAAUAUUCUCAAGGAUGGAGCUGAUCCAAAAGUGUUGCCCGACUCAGACUACCCUGAUUGGCUGUGGCACCUGCUGGAUAAACGCUCGGCACUUAGUGAACUGAGAAGGAAAAAUCUCGAGUCUCUCCCUUACGAUGACCUCAAACGUUUUGUCAAGCUGGAUACCCGAGCUCGGAUCAAGGAAAACAACUCUGUUAGGGCCAAGAACUGAAAUUUCUGCCAGAAGUGGUAUGUGUUCUGGAGAAUAUUUUUACCUGGAACUAUAAUUUGUUCUGUUGUGAUAGAAUACAUUAUUUAGAAUUUAGCAGCAGUUUUUUAUCUGCUUUACGCUUGAUUUCCUUAAGUUCCUGUUACUAUUUUGAACAUGAUUGAGCUCUUGGUUAACAGAAUUUCAAUAUUUUUUA